UGGCCGGUCGCGUUGUUUGAUUGUGUUAAACUUGUGUAUAAAUCAAAACAAAUUUAAUAAUUUAAAAUGGCUGAUAAAUAUGAUUCAAAUGGUGAUUAUAAAAAUUAUUCCGGUUCAAAUUCAAGUGAUUUUAAACGGAAAAACUUAACGGCUGAGAAUAGUUCAGGAAAAAAUCAAGAAGAAACUCAUGAAGACGAUGAAAAUGGUGAACAAAAUCCAGCAGCACAAAAAGCCGCUGAAUAUAUAAGAGAAUUAUUAGCUGAGAAAAUUGCCAUUGAUCAUGGAAAAUGUGCACAUGCAGCUCGACUCUUGGAUCAAGAACUACAAAAAGUUCAAACAUUGGGUAAAGCUCCACCACGAGAGAAUAAAUAUGUUGAUAUAUAUCGUGAAAAACCAAUUAAAGUUUCUGUGAAAGUAUUAGUGCCCGUACGUGAACAUCCCAGAUUUAAUUUCGUUGGUAAAUUAUUGGGACCUAAGGGUAAUUCAAUGAAACGUUUACAAGAGGAGACAAUGUGUAAAAUGGCUGUUCUUGGACGUGGUUCAAUGAAAGAUCGUGCUAAGGAAGAAGAAUUACGUAACAGUUUAGACCCAAAAUAUGGACAUUUAAGUGAUGAUUUACAUGUGGAAAUUAGUGCGCUAGGACCACCUGCGGAAGCACAUGCUCGCGUCGCUUACGCAUUAGCAGAAGUACGUAAAUACUUAAUACCGGAUAACAACGACAACAUACGGCAGGAACAAAUGCGCGAAAUGGAAAUCAUAUCAACAAUUGAUCCAACAACCGGUGAAGAAAUUGAAACAGCACAUCCACGUGGAAUAAAACGUUCAGCUCCACCUAGUGGUACAAUAAUUCGUGGUGCACAUAGUUCUGCCGGUUUCCCACGCGUUGCACGACCAGCCACAGCCGGUAUACGUACAGUUCCUGUUGCUGCAGUACCAAGUCGGUCUGCUACUGCUAUACCUCCCCCAGCAGGUACGCGAGGUGUUAUGCCUGCUAAGACAAAAAUCUUAUCGAUUUUAGAUCGAGCACGUGUUGCUAUGGAAGAAAGUUAUGGUGCUGUGUACGAUGAUCCAGCAUACGAAGCACCACCACAUCAUGGGGUACAUGAGCGUAGUUAUGUAGAAUACGUAGCGCCAAGCUCACAUGCGUAUAGCAGCAGUCAUCAUUACGAUGAAUAUGAUACCGAAUAUUAUCCAAGUUCAAGUCGGCAUCAUGAAGCUGCAGAUCCUUAUGAAGCAGAACCAUCUUCGCGAUCGUGGAAGAGUAAUUAUAAACCGUCAUCAAGUUCCAGUUCAAGACAUCAUGAAUCAUCACGUUAUCGAACUUCCCCAUAUACCCGUCCAUCAAAAUAAUCCGAUGGCAGUUUAAAAAAAGCAAAAACAAAAUCAAAAAAGUAAAAUGAAAUAAUUAAAUCAAUUAAUUUAAUAUUCACGUAAAUAAUCUUUUUAAUAAAAUAUAUAUCUCACACCACAGAGUGUUUGUUUUGGGCUUACACAAAAUGUUGUUUGUUCAAGAAUUAUUGAGAACAAGUGUGAAACACGAUUUUUAAAUCAAA